UAGAUUUAGUUCUAGAAUGGUGGGGAAGAAGGGAGGAUGUACUAUUCACUGGUUCAGGAAGGGGUUAAGACUUCACGAUAACGCAGGACUGUUGGAAGCAUGUAAACCUGUAGGAUCUCAACAUCUUCCUCUCAAACCAGUUUUUCUCCUAGACCCAUGGUUUGUUAAGAACGCCCGAGUAGGAGUUAAUAGGUGGAGAUUUCUUAUUCAGUCCCUGAACGAUCUUGAUUCAUCACUCAGAAAGUUGGGAACACGGCUGUUUGUUAUUCAAGGCAAACCUGAAGAGAUUUUUCCAGAACUUCUAAAGUAAGAUUUAA